UCGGUCUGUCCGUCUGUCCGUCUGUCGCUCGGGUGUCCGCCGCUCGGUCUGUGCCGGGGCCGGUGCCCUGCGGCGCCAUGAACCGGCCGAAGGCGGCGGCCGUGCGGCGGCCCAGCGCCGUGCCCAAGCCCUCCGCGCACCCGCCGCCCGGAGACUUCAUCGCGCUGGGCUCCAAGGGGCAGAGCGGCGAGGGCAAGGCGGCCGUGGCGCUGCUGAAGCCGGCGCCGCCCGGGCUGCCCUCGGAGCGCAAGCGGGACGCGGCCGCCGCCCUGGCGGGCCCGGCGGGGCUGCCCGGGCUCACCAAGCGCCCCAAGCUCUCCUCCACGCCGCCCCUCAGCGCCCUGGGCCGCCUGGCAGAGGCGGCCGUGGCAGAGAAAAGAGCCAUCUCGCCCUCCAUCAAGGAGCCGUCUGUCAUCCCCAUCGAAGUUGUCCCCACGGUGCUGCUGGAUGAGAUUGAGGCAGCAGAAGCAGAAGGCAAUGAUGACCGUAUUGAGGGGGUGCUGUGUGGAGCUGUGAAGCAGCUGAAGAUGAACAGAGCCAAACCUGACACCACACUGUACCUGAGCCUCAUGUACCUGGCAAAAAUAAAACCAAACAUAUUUGCCACCGAAGGGGUUAUUGAGGCGCUGUGCAGCCUACUCCGAAGAGAUGCCUCCAUCAACUUCAAAGCCAAAGGGAAUAGCCUCGUGUCAGUCUUGGCCUGCAACCUUCUCAUGGCAGCUUAUGAAGAGGAUGAGAACUGGCCAGAGAUCUUUGUCAAGGUGUACAUUGAGGACUCCCUUGGGGAGCGCAUCUGGGUGGACAGCCCUCACUGCAAGACAUUUGUGGAUAACAUCCAAACAGCUUUUAACACAAAGAUGCCUCCUAAGACCAUGCUCUUGCAUGGAGAAGUUGGGCGUAGCGGAGGGGACCUUAGUGCUGGGAGCAGCCCACACCCUUCCAUGACAGAGGAGGAAGACAGCCAGAGUGAGCUGCUGAUUGCAGAGGAGAAAAUGAGCCCAGAGCAGGCGGGCCAGCUCAUGCCCAGGUAUGAAGACCUCGCAGAGAGUGUGGAGGAAUAUGUCCUAGACAUGCUGCGGGACCAGCUCAACCGGCGCCAGCCCAUGGACAAUGUCUCCAGGAACCUCCUUCGGCUGCUGACAGCAACCUGUGGCUACAAAGAGGUCCGUCAGAUGGCUGUGCAGAGGCUGGAGAUGUGGCUGCAGAACCCAAAGCUGACCAAGCCAGCUCAGGACUUGCUGAUGUCAGUCUGUAUGAACUGCAACACCCACAGCUCCGAGGACAUGGAAGUUAUCUCCAACCUGAUCAAGAUUCGUCUCAAGCCAAAAGUCCUUCUCAACCACUACAUGCUGUGUGUCAGAGAACUGCUGAAUGCACACAGGGAUAACCUGGGCACCACCAUUAAGUUUGUGAUUUUCAAUGAACUAUCAAAUGCAAGAAAUCCCAACAACAUGCAGAUCCUGUAUACUGUGCUUCAGCACAGCUCAGAGCAAGCUCCAAAGUACCUGGCAAUGGUGUUCCAGGACCUCUUGACCACCAAGGACGAUUAUCUGCGGGCCUCGCGGGCCCUGCUGCGAGAGAUCAUCAAACAGACAAAACAUGAGAUCAACUUCCAGGCCUUCUGUCUGGGUCUGAUGCAGGAACGCAAGGAGGCCCUGUACACAGAAAUGGAAUUCAAGGAGCGUUUUGUCAUCCACAUAACUGAUCUGCUUGCUGUCUCCAUGAUGCUUGGUAUCACAGCCCAGGUGAAGGAGGCUGGAAUUGCUUGGGAUAAAGGAGAGAAAAAGAACCUGGAGGUGCUGCGCUCUUUCCAAAACCAAAUUGCUGCUAUCCAACGUGAUGCUGUCUGGUGGCUUCAUACAGUUGUUCCAUCCAUCAGCAAGCUGGCUCCAAAGGACUAUGUGCACUGCCUGCACAAGGUGCUCUUCACAGAACAGCCAGAAACCUACUACAAAUGGGACAACUGGCCCCCUGAGAGUGACCGCAACUUCUUCCUUCGCCUGUGCUCCGAGGUGCCCAUCCUGGAGGACACCCUGAUGCGGAUCCUGGUGAUCGGUUUGUCGCGGGACCUGCCCCUGGGCCCCGCGGAUGCCAUGGAGCUCGCUGACCACUUGGUGAAGAGGGCUGCAGCUGUGCAGGCAGAUGAUGUCGAGGUCCUGAGGGUAGAAAGAAUCCAGCUGAUCGAUGCAGUCUUAAAUCUGUGCACUUAUCACCAUCCAGAGAAUAUCCAGCUACCCCCAGGGUACCAGCCUCCAAAUCUAGCUAUUUCUACUCUCUACUGGAAAGCUUGGCCUCUCCUGCUUGUAGUGGCUGCAUUCAAUCCUGAAAACAUUGGUCUGGCUGCAUGGGAGGAGUACCCCUCUCUGAAGAUGCUCAUGGAAAUGGUCAUGACCAAUAAUUAUUCCUAUCCUCAAUGUACCUUGACGGAUGAGGAGACGCGCACAGAGAUGAUUAAUCGUGAACUUCAAAUCUCCCAGAGAGAAAAACAGGAGAUUCUUGCAUUUGAGGGCCAUCUGGCUGCUGCAUCCACAAAACAAACAAUUACAGAGAGCAGCAGCCUCUUGCUGUCCCAGCUGACAAGUCUGGACCCUCAGGGGCCCCCUCGCAGACCUCCACCCCAUGUCCUGGAGCAGGUGAAAAGCCUGAACCAGUCACUUCGCCUGGGCCACCUUCUCUGUCGCAGUCGUCAUCCUGACUUUCUCCUCAACAUCAUUCAAAGACAGGCCUCCUCACAGUCAAUGCCAUGGCUGGCAGAUCUGGUUCAGUCCAGCGAGGGCUCCUUGGACGUCCUACCCGUGCAGUGCCUUUGUGAGUUCCUGCUUCAUGAUGCUGCUGAUGAAUCGACCUCAGGUGAAGAAGAAGAGGAGGGUGAGAGUAAGGACCAGCGUGCCAAGAAACGCCAGAGACAACAGAAACAAAGGCAGUUGCUUGGACGCUUGCAAGACUUGCUGUUGGGUCCCAAAGCAGAUGAACAGACAACCUGCGAGGUGCUUGACUACUUCCUGCGACGCCUGAGUUCCUCCCAGGUGGCCUCACGGGUCCUGGCCAUGAAGGGCCUGUCCUUGGUGCUGUCAGAAGGAGGAAUGCGUGAUGGAGAGGAGAAAGAUCACCCCAUGGAGGAAGACUCCGGUGAUUCCGAGCUGCUGCAGGGAUAUCAGUGGCUGCUGAGAGACCUCCCGAGGCUGCCACUGUUCGACAGUGUGAGAGCAACAACAGCUCUGGCCUUGCAGCAGGCCAUCCACAUGGAGACAGAUCCCCAGACCAUCAGUGCAUACCUGGUGUACCUCUCCCAGCAUGCCCCAGUGGAGGAGCAGGGACAGCACAACGACCUUGCUCUGGAUGUAGCCCGGCUGAUAGUGGAGCGCUCUACCAUCAUGUCCCACCUCUUCUCCAAGCUCUCCUACAGUGCUGAAUCAGAUGCAGUGCUCGUGGCUCUUCUCUCCAUCUUCUCUCGCUACAUCAAGCGCAUGCGGCAGAGCAAGGAGGGCGAGGAGGUGUACAGCUGGUCAGAGUCCCAGGAUCAGGUGUUCCUUCGUUGGACUAGUGGGGAAACAGCCACCAUGCACAUCCUUGUGGUUCAUGCCAUGGUUAUUCUCCUGACACUGGGGCCACCUCAAGCAGGGGAUGGUGAUUUUUAUACCUUACUGGAUAUAUGGUUCCCGGAGAAAAAGCCCCUUCCUACUGCUUUCCUGGUUGACACCUCAGAGGAGGCUCUGCUGCUCCCUGACUGGCUGAAGCUGCGCAUGAUCCGCUCUGAGGUCCCGCGGCUUGUGGAUGCAGCCCUGCAGGACCUGGAGCCACAGCAGCUGCUUCUCUUUGUUCAGUCCUUUGGAAUCCCAGUUUCCAGCAUGAGCAAACUUCUGCAGUACCUGGAUCAGGCAGUUUCUCAUGACCCACAGACGCUGGAGCAGAACAUCAUGGACAAGAACUACAUGGCUCAUCUUGUGGAGGUUCAACAUGAGAGGGGGGCAACAGGAGGCCAGACUUUCCAUUCCCUGCUCACUGCCUCCUUACCAGCCCGCCGAGACAGUGCUGAGACUGCAAGGUCAAAAUCUAGUCCUGAGAACUCUCAAAGUCAGAGCCGGAUCCGGGCCUUGAGCCAGGUCCGUGUUCUGGGCCCAGAAGAUGAUCUGGCAGGCAUCUUUCUGCAGCUUUUCCCACUAAACCCAGACCCACGGUGGCAGAAUUCAAACCUGCACCCGCUGGCCCUGGCGUUGCAGCAGGCCAUGGGGCAGGAGCUGGCUCAGAUCCGCCAGGGGAACACGCAGGUGCCCGGGAUCAUGGCACGACUGCUGCAGGCGGUGGCUGCGCUGCUGAACUCCCCCCACAGCGGUGCCCUGGUCAUGGCCAUGCACCGCCAACACUUCAUCUCCUGCCCGCUGAUGCGGCAGCUCUACCAGUACCAGCGCUGCAUGCCACAGGACACUGCCUUCUCCUCGCUCUUCUUCAAAGUACUCAUGCAGAUGCUGCAGUGGUUGGAGAACCCCGCAGUGGAAGAGGGUCCCCUGCGUGCUCAGCUGAAGGCCUUUGCUGUGCAGUACUCCUCCAGGCACAGGAUCAAUGAUGGUACUGGCAUUGGGCAGCUUAUGGAACUCAGAGGGGACAAAGUGGGCCAAGAAGAGGACAGAAACAAAACUGCACCCAGAGCAGAAGUUCGAGGUGGCUUCUUGCACCUCACAGAAGCUCUGACUUUCCGUCAUGACGCUGACCUGAUCAGCUCCACGGUACGUGCCAUCAUUGCCACCCUGAAAUCAGGAGAGAAGUGCAAUGCGGAGCCAGAGCUCAUCAGCAAAGUCCUUCAAGGUCUGAUUGAAACUCACUCUCCAUACCUGGAGGAACUCCUGACUGUCCUCUUCUCAGCUACUGUUGAGACCACUGCCAGGUGUCCUGCCAUGAAACCGAUUGCUGUGGUGAGCUCCUUGUUGCUCCAGGACAAAGAAGAAACACCAGUGAAGAAGGAAGUGGACAGUUGCAGUGCUGAAUCAGCUUGGCCAGGACCUGCCUCUGGCCUUCUCAAUGACUGGCUGGAGAUGUUAGACCCAGAGGUGAUCAGCAGCUGCCCUGAUCUCCAGCAGAAGCUACUGUUCUCCUGGAACAAAGCAGGGUCCCAGGUGCCGUCCUUCCGCCCCUACCUCUUGGCUCUGCUGACCCACCAGUCCAGCUGGACCACGCUGCACCAGUGCAUCAGGCUUCUGCUUGGCAGAAACAGGGAGCAAAGGUUUGACCCAACUGCAUCCUUGGAUUUCUUGUGGGCCUGUAUUCACAUUCCUCGGAUCUGGCAGGGAAGGGACCAGAGAACUCCUCAGAAGCGCCGUGAGGAAUUUGUGCUCCACCUGAAGGCAUCAGAAUUGAUCAGCAUGGUGGAGCUGAUCCUGGCUGAAGCAGAGACCAGGUACCAGAACACUGACGAGGCCUCCUGCACACUCAUCCAGUCUCGGCUGCCUUUGUUGCUCAGUUGUUCUCACGGGGACCUUGAGAACAUCAAAAAAGUAACGGAGUAUCUGACCGGCUGCAUCCAGCAGUGGGGAAGCAGCUCUGUGGGAAAAUGUUGCCAGGACCUUCUGCUGCAGAUAUACCUGCAGCUACCUGAGCUCCUUGUGCCUAUGCCUGAGAUGCUUCUUACCAGUGAAGGAGCCAGAGACAGCAGCACUUGCAAGCUCGAUGCCCUGGUUCACAGAUUCAUUAACCUCCUCGCAGACACCAGUGACUCCAAGUCAUCUGAAAGCCGCGUGUGGGAUGCCAAUAUGGCCUGCAGGAAGCUGGCUGUAGCUCAUCCCAUCCUCCUCCUUAGGCACUUGCCAAUGAUUGCAGCACUGCUGCAUGGCCGCGUUCACCUCAAUUUCCAGGAGUUCAGGCAGCAGAACCACUUGACCUUCUUCAUCCACGUCCUGGGGAUCCUGGAGUUGCUCCAGCCGCAGGUCUUCCAGAACGAGCACCAGGCGGCACUCUGGGAUUGUCUCCUGUCCUUCAUCCGUCUGCUGCUGAACUACCGAAAAUCCUCGCGGCACCUGGCUGCCUUCAUCAGCAAGUUUGUGCAGUUUAUCCACAAGUACAUCACGUGCAAUGCCCAGGCAGCUGUCUCCUUCCUGCAGAAGCACUCAGAUCCACUCCAUGACCUGUCAUCAGACAACAGUGACCUAGCAAUGCUGAAGUCCCUCCUGGCUGGGCUGAGUCUGCCUAGUAAGAGUGGCACCUUGGACAGGGGCUCUGAUGAAGAGAAAGAUGAUGAAGCAGCAGCUGGCUCUCUCCCUCUUGUCAGUGUGUCUCUCUUCACUCCUCUCACACCAGCUGAGAUGGCUCCCUAUAUGAAGAGGCUCUCCAGAGGCCAAACAGUGGAGGACAUCCUGGAGGUGCUGACAGACAUCGAUGAAAUGUCCAGACGGAGGCCAGAAAUUCUCUCCUUUUUUGCUACAAACCUGCAGAAGCUGAUGAGUUCCUCAGAGGAUUCCUGCCGAAACCUGGCCUUUAGCCUGGCUCUGCGCUCCAUUCAGAACAACCCCAGCAUUGCUGCAGAUUUCCUUCCCACCUACAUGUACUGCCUUGGCAGCCGAGACUUCGAGGUGGUGCAGACAGCGCUGAGGAACCUGCCCGAAUACACCCUCCUUUGCCAAGAGCAUGCAGCAGUGUUGCUGCACAGGGCCUUCCUGGUGGGUAUGUACGGCCAGAUCGACACCAGCUCUCAGAUUUCAGAGGCCUUGAAGAUUCUGCACAUGGAGGCCACGAUAUGAAGAUGUGGUUCUGGGAGUUCCACUUCCAGAGGAGUUAAUUUAAUGGACUCAUCAGCUGCAUUAAAGCCCUGUAAGAAGACAGUGUAUUGGAACCCAUGUGCUGGAGGAUCAAAGAGAAGAUGUGGCCGGCCAGACUGUGCUGGAAAAGGAGAGCAUGCUGCCUGAAGAUCAGAAAAGGGCAAGAAUCAAUCUGCCUGGCUAAGGUGCCAUUAUUGUGGGAGAAAAAUAUCCUGAACUUUGUGCCAAACAGGGACCACUUCCUUCAUGGGGUCUUGGAGCAGUGGCUGUCAGUUUGUUGUCUGGGUUUUCUUGACUCUCCAAGAAGGCAGAGCUGCUGGGAGAGCAGAAGGGAGUGAUGGCCCUUGCAUCUGAAGUGUCUGCACCCUCUGUGUUAGAGGGAACAUGCAGAUCUGUGCAAGGGGGGAGACCACUUUGGUUUCUGGGGAUGGGUGUUUGAGUAUUUUUUUAUUUUAUAAUUAAAAUUCUCUUUGUUUCCA